AUGAUUUCAUCAACAAACGGGCAGGUUUGUUCCGGGGUUCCUUCAGUCUUCCUUCCUUCCUUCCUUCCUUCCUUCAGGAAUCGAUUAGGAUUCCCACGUGCCAGUCGAUGGCGCACGACACGAGGCGACCUGGAGACCUUCCGCCGCUACGUCGACAGCGGACACUCCGUGCUACGGCGUGUGGGCACCGGAGCGAGCUCGUUGCAGCUGUGCUCAGACCAGGCAGCUUUUGUGUUUGGAGGAGAUCUGUUUGAUCGGGGACCCGGUGAUUUGCAGCUGGCCAAAGAGCUGGUGGGCUUGAAACAGCGGUAUCCAGACCGGGUCUUCUUGCUCAUGGGCAAUCGGGACAUCAACAAGAUGCGCCUGACAGCUGAGCUCAGUGACUACGCCAUGAACCGAACACCCAGUGAGGCCUUUAAGCCCUGGUGGGACAACAAGGCCAUGGACCUGGUGAAAUACCUGAGAAAGGACAAUAAGGAGGAUAGCCGCGUGAACCGCCUGAAGUGGAUGUUGCACCACACCUUGGGCUCUCCAGCGGCCUUUGACUUCCGAAGAAAAGAGUUAGCGAACUUCUCGCGCGGCCUUGAGAUCUCGGAUGAGGAGGUGCUGGAGAGCUUUCUCGAAUCGGUCUUGCAACCAGAAGGCGCCGUGCAGAGCUACCUCCGCCAUGCGCAGUUGGGUUUGGUGAUUGGCGACACCCUCUUCGUGCAUGGCGCGGCAGAAGAGAGGGCUUUAGGCUUCGUACCAAGUCAUCAGACAAGGUACGUGAAGAACAAGCGGGAGGAUCUUUUGAAACUCCCAGGCUCCCAAAAGGGCUUGGAUUUGAGGCAGUGGAUCGAUGCACUGAACCGCUUCGCCGAGGAGGAAGUGAAUGCCUGGUGCUUGGAUCCCGGGUGGCAGCCAUGUGGGCGUCGGGGAGGUGAGGCUCUGAUGGCCUACCAGAGCCGCCCGGCCAUGGCGCUCUCCACAGUGGUGGUGUCCAGCUACGUGGAUGGGAAGAACAUGCCGACCCGGAAGGCCAUUGAUAAGGAUGUAUUUGAAGGACAACGCAAGUGCUCCGACCCCUUGAGCAAGACAGUUGUGGAGUACCUGCUGCGGGGCGGGGUGCGACGUGUGGUGGUCGGCCACAAGCCCUGUGGCGAGGCGCCGGCGGUGCUGCGGACCGAGACAGUCCGGGGAGGCUACGAGGUCAUUUCGGGGGACACCAACUAUGCCAGCAUCAAGGAUGAGAGGCAUAUGCGUGGCGGAGCCUGGUGUGAGGUGCGUCUCUCGCUCGGUGCCGUCAGCAGCCAAGCGCGCCUGCGGGGAGCGCUCCCGGAUAGCGGCGAGCGCUAUGAUGUGAGGCUGAUGCCAUUGGGGAAGAGCGACGGUUGGCCUCCAGGAGACCCACGUGUGGGCCGACAAGCCAAAGUUGGCCAAGAGUGGCUUUGGGUCCGCUUGAAGCUGGAGAACGGAACAUAUUUGCUCUCUUCUGGCCGUAAUCGAAGCUCGAACUCCACCACGCUGAAGGCAGCCGACUUCGAGGUGACGGACCCGCCACCAGCCUUGAUGAAGUCCUGA